AUGUUCACUGCCAGUUCUAACAAUCAACAGUCUGGAUCAGAACCAGUCGGUAUCCCAGCCGUGACCAGCACCGCCACUCCGGCCCUUAUUGUCGCUACAAGCACACCCCUUACCACGAAGACGACUUUGGUGAAGACUGUCCGACCUUCCACAGCCCAUUCGUCGUCGAUCGAGACCUCUGAGAUAACCGCAGCACCUACCAACCCCACUUCUAGUGCUGCUGUGGCUGACUCGGUCGCUUCUGGAUCCGCUUGCGUUGUGACUGAGUAUGCAUCCAUUUCCUCCGCUGUCAAGUCCUGCACCAAUAUCGUGCUUUCCAACAUCUCUGCGCCUCCUUCCAGCACUAUUGAUCUGCAGAGUCUUCAGACCGGUGCUACCGUCACUUUCGCAGGUACUACCACAUUUGGAGACACUUUCGAUGAUGAAUUUGAUCCUAUCGUUAUUUCCGGAACGGACAUCACGAUCACUGGUGCCUCUGGUCAUGUCAUUGAGGGUAACGGUGGGGCCUACUGGGAUGGCGAAGGUUCCAACGGCGGCCAGGACAAGCCUGACCAUUUUAUUGUGGUAAAGCAUGUCUACAACUCUGAGAUCUCCAACCUCAACAUCAAGAACUGGCCUGUGCACUGCUUCCAGGUCACUGGUGUUCAGCAUCUUACUAUCUCUGGUCUGACUUUGGACAACUCUGCAGGAGACGAGCCAAACAGUGCUAGCGGCGAUGAUGCGGCUGCUCACAACAGUGACGGUUUUGACAUUUCUUCUAGUGACUACGUUACCCUGGAGAAUAUCUCCGUCUAUAACCAGGAUGACUGCGUUGCUGUCACAAGUGGUACCGAGAUCACCGUCGACAACCUCUACUGCUCUGGCGGCCACGGUCUGAGCAUCGGGUCUAUUGGUGGCAAAAGCAACAACACCGUGGAUGGAGUGACGUUCAAGAACUCCCAGGUGGUGAACAGCUCUAAUGGCUGCCGUAUCAAGACUAAUUCCGACACCACUGGCAGUGUCAGCAACAUUACCUACCAGAACAUCACCCUCUCUGGAAUCACCGACUAUGGUAUUGAUGUCCAGCAAGAUUACCUGAAUGGCGGCCCCACUGGCGAGCCUACUAAUGGUGUUACUAUCGCUGGUGUUUCUUUCAUUGACGUGACGGGCACGGCCACUGACGAUGCCAAGGACUAUUACAUUCUCUGCGGUUCGGACAGUUGCUCCGAUUUCACUUUCUCUGGUGUUUCUAUCACUGGCGGUGGUGAGGCUAGCAGCUGCAACUAUCCUUCGAGUGGCUGUCCUUGA